AUGCCGCGCGACGACCCGAUUACCGAGGAGGAGCGACGCGCAAACUCGGCGACCGAUCUGAUCCGAAUGCGGUUGGAAAGAUUGCAGCAGAAUAUUGUAUGAUUAAUUCAAUUUAUGCUGUAAACUCUAUUUUUCUCAAUUACAGGACAAACCGGCGCCGAUUCCGACAAAGAAAGAGACGUUGCGCGCGCCGAAAGCGCCGUUGGAAUUCGUGCGAAACGUUGUCGGAUCUUCUGCGGCCGCCGGAAGUGCCGAAUUUCACAUUUACAGGUUGGCGAGCAAAAAAUAUAGAUUCUGGAAUCUUUUCUCGAUUUUUUUCAUUAAAAUAGCUCACAAAUUGCAAAAACUAGCCAAAAAUUCAAAUUCCAGAAACAAUCGCCGAAAAGAGCAGAAUCGUCUGGAUUACAUCGAUGCGGUGGCGAAAAAAGAGGAGCUCGACGAGGCGUUCCGCCGAAAAGUCGACAAAAAACAGCAGGAAGAGGAGGAGAAAACGGCGAAAAAACGUCAGAAACGACUGAGACAGAAGGCGGCGGCGAAGAAGAGGAAGAUGGCGAAAAAAGCGGACAAUUCUGAUAGUUUGUCGAUUUUUUCUGGGAUUUUGUGAGAACACUGCAAUUUUCAGGCUCAACGUCUGACAAUUCCGAUUCGGACAGUGAGACGAGUGGAGCGGAUGCGGAAUCGACUGAAAAACCGGAGGAGAAUGCUGAAAAAAGCGAAGAGACCGCCUAA